AUGCGCGACGAUAAUUACUCUGAAAAGACCGACGAGUCUGCGACUCUUCUCUACCAAAGCACCAGCAACAACAUCCUCGCAGACUCAUCGGACUCCUCCUCCUCCUCCUCCUCCUCCUCCAGCGAUAUCAGCGGCAAAAAGAUAGCCGCGGAAAUUUAUCAACAUGAAGUCGAGGAGGACUCGCUCGUCGACGAAAAAAGAGGAGGAGGCACGUACGGUGCGCUCGAGAACGGGGAUGCGUCCUCGUUUAUCGAGAAUACCGAAGCUGCGCAGAGAGAGGAGAUUGAACGUCUUCUUGCUGCCGGAUUAGCGGUGGGAAGACCGGCUUGGGACGAGCAGGAGGAAGAGGUCAUUCGUCGGAAACUCGAUUACCGGGUCAUGAUAUGGGCCUGUGUUAUGUUUUUCUCGCUGCAGCUCGUGCGGAAUAACAUCACAAACGCAAUCUCUGCCGACUUUUUGAUCGAUGCCGGCCUCGCGCAAAACGAGUACAAUCUCGGACAGACUGUGUUCCUAAUCUUCUUCCUACUCUGGGAGAUUCCCUCGCAAGCCCUCGUGCGCAGAUUCGGGGCCGACAUCUGGCUUCCUAUCCUGAUGACUCUCUGGUCCAUCAUGUCAACACUCCAAAUCUUCAUCCGCGGCCCCGGCCUUUUUCUCUUCACGCGCGCAGUCAUCGGCUCCUGCGAAGGCGGCUUCGUCCCCGGCCUGACAUUCUACCUCUCGUCCUUCUACAAAGCGAACGAGCUCUCGAUGCGCUACUCGUGGGUCUGGUCCACGCAGUCCGGCACAAACGUCAUCGGCGCACUGCUCGCCUCGGGAUUCAUCCAGAUCGGCGGCUCGCUCCGCGGAUGGCAGUGGCUGUUUUUGCUCGAGGGUAUUUUGUGCACUUGUAUCGGCAUCUCGUCGUUCUUCGUCAUGCCCUCGCUCAGGAAGAAAGUUGUCGCGCGCGUCUUCACGCCGCGCGAGACGGCGAUCUUGCGCGUGCGUGUCGCGCACGAUGAUCCGUCAAAGAAGAAUCAGCAGGACACCAUCAGGUUCAAACGCGAGAGCCUGGUCGACGGCGUCAAGCUCCUGUACGAGACCGUGACGGACAAGUACCUGUUCCCGAUCUUCAUCCUCGGUUUCGUGGCCUUUGUGCCGUCGCAGACGGCAAACUACUACCUGACAAUCAUGUUGCGGCAGCUCGGGUUCACGCAGACGGCGACGAACCUGCUGACGAUUCCGUACGCGAUCAUCAACAUCUCGAUGACGAUCUGGUUCUCGCGUCUGUCGGACCGGUACGGCGUGCGCUGGCUGUUUGCCGUGCUCUCGGCGCUCUGGGUGCUGCCGAACCUGAUCCUGAUCGAGGUCAUCCCGGAUUUUUCCUCGCGCUGGCUCCGGUACACGUUCAUCACUCUCAUCCUCGGGUACCCUUACUACCACCCGAUCCUGAUCUCCUGGAUCUCCGCCAACGCAAACAACCCAAGCCGCCGAUCGCUCGGGUUCGCGGUGUACAACAUCGCCGUGCAGGCGGGCAACAUCCUUGCCGCGAACGUGUACCGCGAAGACGACGCGCCGUUCUACCACCGCGGCAACGGCGUGCUGAUCGCGCUCAACCUGCUCUCGAUCAUCAUCGCGGUGGCGAUCUGGCGGUAUUUCACGUACGAGAAUAAGCGGCGCGAGAGGCUGUGGGAGAUGUUGACCGAGGUCGAGAGGGAGGAGUAUAUUGCUGCUUCCGGGGAGUUGGGAAAUCAGCAGUUGCAUUUCAAGUUGAAGGUUUAGUUUUUUUUAUUCUAUUUGGAUUCUGCAUGAGUGUGUCUUUUGCAUUGGUGGAGGGGUGGUGCGUGGGUUGGUUGGGGUGUGAGAGAAGGUGUAUGAUUUAAUGUUGCAUUACACUUAUGUUACGACAAAAGUUUGGUGAAGAGAGUUAUUGUAGUCACUACUAUAUAGUUAUUAUGAGAAUACGAAUAUCUCCAACAAAUCUGAACUGUGUCAGUCGGAGAACACCGACGAUUCUCGACUUGUUAUCUAUCGCGCUGUCGGAAGCUGUUCUUGGCGGUGAAUACCAAGUCAAAAGGCCGACUUUCUGCGUCCUUAUCUAUUCGUGAGGUAUUCAGCAUCUCGGCGGGGUUUUACGAGACGCAAGAUGACGAACGAGUCGGAGAGGUGUCGACGUAAGAGGAUGGAAGGUUCGAUACUUUCAUUUAGGAGC